AAGUAUUUAACUGAAAGAGCCGGCCGGCUUUGUGUUGAAGGAGGAGAAUCUCGUGGGGAAGAGGAACCCGUCGUCAAAAUAUUACAGAGGUGGUGGCCCUUGCCGAGCUGUGGACAUAGUUGCCUGAAGGAAACCAUUCAGAAAUGUGGAUGAGUCCAUUAGCACAUGUGGCCCGACAAGCCCUGCAGAGAGGAACCUCUGCCAUGGCCUGCCAGGCUCUGAGGGCUUAUAGUAGACCAAGACGGCCUGCAGGUCCACUGACCUCUUGUCUGAAUUCAAUGCAGCUUCGUGGGCAGCAUACUCUCGGGUCUGCCGCCCUUCCUCUGGCUCGCCACUCAGUGAGACAAGUCCGGGCUCUGGAUGAGGAGAGGCUAAUGGAGGUGGAGUGGGAGGACGGAGGCCACAGUGUGUACCCGUUCACCUGGCUGAGAGACAACUGCCAGUGUCCACUGUGCACCCUGGAAUCUGCGCAGGCCCGCAAACUGUUGAUGGCUGAUCUAGAUAUCCACACUGGAGUCGAUGUUGUGGAGGUCACUAAUGACAACCAGGUGUCCAUUGUGUGGCCCGACCAGCACAGCAGUGUGUUUGACGCAGAGUGGCUGAAGAAACGCUGUUUCUCUGCUGCUGCCAGAAAAGCAAUGCAGGAAGAGCUUUUCCUCAAUGAGCGUUAUUACUGGGACUCCAAAUUGAGCAUUCCCACCGCCGACUACCAGGAAGUGCUCCACGACGAUAAGGCGGCGCUGGCCUGGCUGUUGGCGCUCCGCCGAGUUGGCAUCGUUUACUUGAAGGGGGCUCCGGUUGAGCAGGGCCAAGUGGCCCGCCUCGCCGAGAGGAUCGGUUAUCUCAGGCUGACGUUCUACGGGCACACAUGGCAGGUCCAGGACAAACACAUGGCUAACAAUGUAGCUUACACUUCAGGAAGACUCAGUCUCCAUUCAGACUACCCAGCUUUACACUUCGCACCUGGAGUGCAGUUUCUGCACUGCAUCAACCAGGCGGAGGAGGGGGGGGAGAGCGAGGUGGUAGACGGCUUCCACAUGGCCGAGCAGCUGAAGAGAGAGGACCCCGAGGCCUUCAGGACACUCAGCUCACUCCAAGUGGACUUCACUGACACGGGCAUGGACUACUGCGACUUCAUGCUGCAGUCCAAGAAGAGCAUCAUAGACGUUAGUGCCAAGGGUCGAGUUGAGAGGAUAAACUUCAACAACGCCACCAGAGACUCGGUGCUGGACCUUCCCGUGCACCAGGUGCAGCCAUUCUACCGAGCGCUCCGGGCCUACGUGGACAUCAUGAACCGGCCGGAGAACGUGGUCACCUACAGGAUGAUGCCAGGUGACAUGGUGACCUUCGAUAACUGGCGUCUGCUGCACGGGCGGAAACCCUACGUCAGUAAGCCCGACAGGCUGCGGCACCUUGAGGGCGCCUAUCUGGACUGGGAUGAAGUUAUGUCUCGCCUCCGGAUACUCCGCAGCUCUGUCCACAGGAACAUUUGAGCUCCAAAAAAACAGUGCAUAACAUUAAAAUGGUAGCUUUACAGCUCUAGCAGAGAAGCUGAACGAUGUUGGGCUUCUUUAAGCUGCGUGUUAGGCUAAAACUCAAAGUGCAAAGAGGUUUCUCACAGCUGGUGAGACACAUCUUUGACGCUGAAGUAGUCAAGCAUCUCAUUUUAUAUGAAGUUUAAAGGAAGACAGCAACUUUUUUAAAAUUUAGUGCAACAAUUCAAUGCAAAGAUUAUGACAAUCACCUUGCUUUCAUGUUUUCAAGGUGAGCUGUGAUUAAGUCAUAGUGACAAACACGUUUAUAAGCUUCAAUUCCUAAUUCUAUGGUAAGACAACCUGUAUUACGCACUGUAACUAGAUAGUUACUACAGUAAACACUGUUGAGAUUUUACUUUUAAAAGUGGUGAACCAGGAAGGGAUCUUUUUCUUUCCUUCUUACCUUCUGCUGCAGUGUCUUGCGACCCGUUGAAUCGUGUGCCUUCACAAAGGAGCUGGUGUCCUUGACUCUCCCUCCAUUCUGUAGAGCUGCAGUCUGAAUUUAAAGUUGCCUUAAAGCUGCAGCACUGCAAGUGGCAUUUGUAAAUAUAAUAAGGUCAGUUCAACCUGAUCAUAGAGAUGGAUACUUUCUACUUAACCAAACCGGCACCUGCCAACCGUGCGUUAUUGUUUCAUCCUCCAGGAAACAGCCUGUGUCCAAUCAAAUCCCAGCAUUUCCAGAUGAGACUCGUUUUAGACAGAAAGAUUGUUUUUAAUCUUUUUUAAAUAAAAUAAAAUAAACCACAUAAAACAUUGGAUCUUCAUUAAGCUGAAUAAACAAACGGUUCAUCUUCGCUGAUGAAAAGGCGAUGAUGGGUUUAUAGAUCUCCCUCCUGCUUAAUCGUGAAUAUGAACAGAGGUGCAUAAAUAGGUGUAAAUAUUACAUUGAGAAAACUCAACAGCAAUAUAUUUAUCCAGAUAAUAUGCCAUCUCAUCUCAUAGUGGUACCGCUUUUUAAUCAAAUAAAUAGUUCCUUUGAAAACUAUUGACAGGGCUCUCAGAGGUUUUUUCUACUAAGUAUGUUUAAUGUUUCGAGCAGCAUUUCUUAAAAUGUUUUUCAUCCAGUUUCAGAAAAAGACAUCCUGAGAUCCUAAACGAUCUAUGGCUACCAUAGUGAUGCAACACUGUUUUGUAAUACAACUAAACUUUCAAAUACCUACAAACUGUUUUUAUUAUGCGAGUAAACACCACAAUGCUUUCUCUGGCGUCAUCCAAAGCUUCCAAUCUUCUCCUGCAGCUAAAAAACGUCUUAGCUCCUAAUUGUAACAGAUGUGAUGUAACCUCAAGAUAAUAAAGACGAUCCUGUGAAGUCUGAUCAGGCAUUUUUAUGGUAGAUGGUUCUGUCGAUGCUUUGAUCCUCUUUUUGCACUCUUGAAUAAAGAAUCUUCAGUCUUAA